AUGAAUUCUGCAACUAAGGAAAUUCAAGAAAUUAAAAAUGCUGCCGCGGCGACUGAAAAGGUGACUGCUUCGCUUCGCAAAGAAAAUGAUCAUUUGAAGGCUGAAGUCGACAAAUUAGUAUGUCGCAACAUACGUCUUGAAGCUCAGUCAAGAAGAAGCAACUUCAGAGUUUACGGUGUCAGAGAUUCUCCACAUGAAACUCCAGCAGAAACCGAGCAAGUGUUGAGAAACGUCCUGUUAAAACAGCUUCAAAUAGCUGAAGAAGACGUAAACAAUAUGAGCUUCGAAAGAGUUCAUCGAAUUUCUAACACCCGAGCUGUUAAUCAAAUCAACAAAUCUAAGAGUCCGCGCCCAAUAAUCGCCAAAGCCAGCUUUUAUCAAGACAAGGAGCAAAUUUUUUCAUACGCUAGAAGCUUACCAAAAGGCUCAAAGAUCGGUGUUGCCAGUGACUUCCCAAAAGAAAUUGCCGAUAUGCACAAGAAACUUUACCCAAUCUUGAAAGCUGCUAAAGCCCAGAAGAAAAAAGCUUUCUUUAAUGUCGACAAACUUAUUAUUGAUGGGCAAGUUUAUCGUGGAAAAGAAACUAAAGAUCUUCCUCUGUACGGUAAAGUUAUGGUACAUGAUUAGUCAGUUGUUGUAAAUAAUUGAUUCCUUUCGCGCUCCCAAGAGUUGCUUCGCUCAUAGCGCCUACUUAUUUAGCAUUAGACUGUUCAUAGGGAACCCGUUUAGGUGUAAGAAGAGGUUUCCCUACUUUGAGCAAUUUGUGCUCUAGUAACUGUGCGUUUUGUGUCUUAGCGUUUGUGUAUAGCCGUUUUUAUUUACAUGUUUGGAAUCUAUUUUGAUAUACUUAGAUUUAUUUCCCUACACUUAGUCUUGUACUCCUUCAGCUUGCGUUAAGGCUGAUUACUAAUGUUUAUUAUUUAAUUUACAUUAAGUACACUUUCAAUUCAAAAUUGCUCACAUUCGAAAAGUUUUUCAAUAUCUUCCUCAACGAAACCGAUAGAAUAUUCUAUGCUGCUAAUUCACGGCUCCUCCGUUUAGACUCUCCUUUUGUUCUUUAAACGUAAGAGGUUUAAAUCAAGCUAGAAAGAGACGGCGGGUGUUUAGAUGGCUCCACAAUCAAAAAUUCGACGUUGUUUAUUUACAAGAAACUUACUCUUCCAAAAGUGUCGAAGAAAUAUGGAAAGCAGAAUGGGGAGGGAAAAUUUAUUAUAGUCAUGGAACAACACAUUCAAAAGGUGUGAUGAUAUUAUUUAAACCGAGUCUGGAUUUCGAAACAGAAAGCAUCUUCGCUGAUAAGAAUGGACGAUACUUGCUAUUAAAAGCCAACGUGCUAGAAUCUUCCUUCUUGUUUAGCAACAUUUACGCGCCAAAUGACUCUACCGCCCAGAUAGCUUUCUUUCGCAAUCUUGAUAACAUUCUCCUACCAUUUGCAGAUGCACAAAUCAUCUUGGGAGGUGACAUGAAUUGCCCAUUAACACCUACAGAUAAAAUGGGUGGUGCUACUGUUCGGAAAAAACAAAAAGUCAUUGACGAGAUUGAAGGCUUAACCCGGCGUUUUAAACUUCAUGACAUUUGGAGAAAUCAACAUACCAACAAAACACAAUUUACAUGGCGUAACAAUUCCUUGAAAGUGCAAUGCCGCUUAGAUUAUUGGCUUGUGUCGAAAGAAUUGUUGAUGUCUGUCAUUGAUACUAACAUCACCAACCCCACAAUAUCUGAUCAUAGCGCUAUCACUUUCACUCUUCAAUCGAAAGAAUACGCUAAACGUGGACCUGGGUUUUGGAAAAUUAAUAACGCUUUGCUGAAAGAUGCAAAUUUCAUUGACGAGCUCGUAAGCAAAAUACCCGAAUACAAAAACAAACACUGUUACCUUACUAAUGAAGGCCUGUACUGGGACAUGCUCAAGAUGGAGAUUAGAGGUUUCUGUGUACAAUACUCAAAAAGGAAAAACAGAAUAAAAAGAAAUAAGGAACGAGACCUUCAGAAAGAAAUUGAUCAGCUAAUGGCCUUGCUGCAAUCCAACAGCUCGAAAGAAAAUAUCACUAAACUCUACCAAUUAAGAGUUCAACUCAAUCAGAUUGCUGAAUAUAAAACCGAGGGUGCAAUGAUUAGAAGUAGGAUACGCUGGCACGAAAAAGGAGAAAAGAAUACUAAAUACUUCUUAAAUCUUGAGAAAAGGAGGUUUGCAAAAACUCAUAUAACUAGGCUUAAAACAAAUAGUGGCUCGGAAACUUCUUGCGAAAAAGAGAUUUUGGAAAUGCAGAGAGCAUUUUAUGAAAAUUUAUAUACGAGCGCUCCCUGUGAUAUUAUUGCACGCGAUACUUUCCUGGGAGACCCUAACCUCGUCAAACUCGACGAAAACGAGCUAAAUGAACUCGAACAGCCUUUGUCGAAAACCGAAUGUUUCAACGUUCUUAAACAGUGUGCUAAAAACAAAUGUCCGGGCAGCGACGGUCUCUCAGUUGAGUUCUAUUUGCACUUCUGGCAUCUACUUGGUGAUGAGAUGGUCCAAAGCUUUAACUAUGCUCAUAAAGUAGAACAACUCAACAUAACACAAAGACAAGGUAUAAUAAAGGUCAUACCGAAAAAACGCAAGAACAGGUUGUAUUUGGAACAUUGGAGACCGCUAACGUUACUUAACGUCGACUAUAAAAUAGCAACCAAAUCUAUAGCCCAUAGAAUCGCUAAAGUCCUCCCCAAAUUAAUAAACGACGACCAAACUGGCUAUGUCAAGGGACGCUAUAUAGGACAGAACAUUAGACUCAUUAACGAUAUCAUGAAGAUAACUGAGCUAGAAAACAUUCCCGGCAUGGCGAUUUUUGUGGACUUUAAAAAAGCUUUUGACACCGUCGACUGGAACUUCCUUUUUAAGACCUUGGAGGCAUUAAAUUUCGGCCCUCAGUUACUACAGUGGAUCCGAACCUUUUACACUGACUGUUCUAGCUGUGUAGUAAAUAAUGGUUACGCCUCUGUCUUCUUUAAACUACAAAGAGAUGUUCGCCAAGGGUGCCCUCUUUUCGGCUCCCUAUUUGCGCUGUGCGCUGAAAUUCUUGCUAAUGCAAUAAGGUCUAAUGCAAAUAUUCAAGGAAUCAACAUAUAUAGAAAGGAAUUCAAAAUUUCACAAUACGCAGAUGAUACCACUGUUUUUGUCUCUGAUAUAACAUCUGCCCAAAACCUCUUCCAACUGCUCCACGCUUUUCAAAUAUGCUCUGGUCUUGAAGUAAACAGAAGAAAGACAGAGGGCUUGUGGCUAGGCGCGAACAAAAACAACCCGGAAGAACCUCUUGAUAUUGCAUGGCCAAAAGACCCUGUAUUUGCACUUGGUAUUCACUUCUCUUAUAAUGACGAAGCUGCUUUCAAAAGGAACUUUGAACAGAAACUGUCCUCGAUGGCUUCCUUGCUAAACUUGUGGUACCCUAGGAACUUAACUUUACAUGGUCGAAUUGUCAUUUUAAAAGCAUUAGCCCUCUCCAAACUUAUUUAUAACACUGCUGUCCUCACUGUCACCCCCGCAUUUAUUCAAAAAGUUAAUAAAGCUAUUACUCAAUUCGUCUGGCAAAAGAAAAAACCAAAAAUAAAACAAACUACCCUGAUUGGCCCUAAAGAAAAAGGUGGUCUCUCAUUGCCUGAUUUUGACAUAAUUAACAAUGCUCUCAAAGCAACUUGGAUCAGAAGACUUGACAGCUGUCCAGUCCCACCGCGAGUUGGACUCACAUUCCUGUUUCCCUGCUAGAGCGAGUUGGUGGUCUCUUUCUCCUUAAAUGCAACUUUGAACUUAAACAUCUUAACAUACACAUUCCAUUGAUCUUUUACGAGAAAGCCUUGUUGGCCUGGCAAUCCAUAAAUUCGUUCACUCCCUCCUCAAAAGAAGAAAUACUGAAUGAAAUCCUAUGGAACAACCGCUUUAUUAGGAUCAACAAUUAUUCAGUAUACUACAAAGCAUGGCAUGUAGCGGGUGUUGAAAAAAUUGGAGAUCUCUUCAACGACAAUACCUUUCUAUCUCGCCAAGACUUCUGCUCAUAUUUUGGUCUUAAAACUAAUUUUCUUACCUACUACGGUUUAUGCAAAGCAAUUCCUCCUAACUGGAUUAAAAUAAUGAAAGGUAAAUUACAACCGCCUUCGAAUAAAUCCAUAAGUAUGGAUAGAAUUCCCGUUGAGAAGCUUUCUUCUAAACUUGCUACCAACUUUUUUGUUGAAAGGAAAUUUGUUCCUGCCACCGCCAAAAAAAGACUCAGAAAAGCUAGUUUAAAUGAACAGCAAAUUUCUCAAAUUUACAAGAUGCCUUUCAGUGCUACGAAAGACAUACAACUCUCAAUGUUUCAGUUCAAGAUCUUACACCACAUCUUACCCACCAACGCUACAUUAUAUAAAUUCGGAAUUAAGGAACAUGACCGCUGUCAUUUAUGCGCUGAAAAGCAAACAAUCACACACCUAUUUGUGACUUACCCCAAUGCUCAGCUGUUUUGGACACAUUUUUCAGUUUGGUGGCGCGAAAAAAACAACAUUAAGCCAUCUCGCUUUCUGAAGCACAAAAACUUUAUGGCAUUACAGACACCGUGCCUCAGUGUCUUGGUUUAAACCUCUGCUUGAUAAUUGCAAAAUACUAUAUUUACACCGCGUCUAAAAAUGAGGAAGAUUAUUUUUUCGACGCUUUUUUGUCUAUCCUUAAAAAUAAAAUACAAAUUGAAACUAGCAAAGCUAAGGUGCAAGUCAAGCUGUAAAAAUAAUUUUCUUGAUUCUGGCUAAUUUCCCUUGUUUUUUGGCUUUUUUGUUUUGUUUGUUUGUUUGUUAUUUAUUUAUUUAUUUUUGUCGUUUUUAGCGUAUUUACUCUUCGUUAAUAGAUAGUAAGUUAGUAAUUAGUUGUAUUAGAAUUCUUUUUUCACUAUUUUGUAACAGACUCCAACUCAUCGGCUCCUGUUUUAUAAGCAUUAUCUUGUAAGUUUAUAUUAUGUAAGUAAGUAGCAUUUAACUUAGCAAGUUACAUGUAAGUAGGUAUUAAAGCUUUAUGUAACUAAGUAAGUACUAUGUAAGUAAGUCAGCAUUAUGUUUGUAAAAACAAUAUAAAAAAUAAAAAAUAAUUAAAAAAAAAAGCAGUAAACUCAAAACCACCCACAAUACCUUUCGGGAUUGUCGCGUGCAGUUCAUCCGACAACCUUCCUCGAAAUAGCUGUAUACCGGAUGUUGGAGCUGUGGUGGGAACAUAGUAACGUAAAAAAAAAAAAUAACUUAGUUGAAUAAUAUUAAGGCUACGUUCACGCGGCACAGGACGAAUUUUCGACCGGUUGAAAGUUCGUGCGUUUAGAUGUUCUGUUCACACGGGAUCACCUUAACCGAACGAAAAUUUAGACGCCUAGCCGUUUAAAGUUCCCUGUGAACAGAGUGAAAAUAUUAAACGGUCCCGGGUGAACGAAGUGCAUGGUCAAAUUUUGCCGCCGGUGGAAAGAUUUGUCCGGUGCCUUGUCUACGUAGCCUGAGAGUGCCGAUUUAACAGAUAAGUUUUUUCGCGAGUUUUUUGCACUUUUCUUGUUGCCUUGGUGAAGAGAGAGACCACAGAUUGCCAUAUUUUGGCUGGAAUCAUCGACGAGAUUGAAAUGGCUGGAUACGGUUUUAAAUACUUCUUUGUCAUUUGUUUCAACAUCUCCAAUUUGUUUGCGAAACGGUCUUAAAUAUGCAGAACUAGUCGUAACUUCACAGAAAGUUCACUCAAUAGGUGUUAUUUCUCUGUAUAUUUCUUUUUCUGCAAAUCUACAUUUCCGUGUAAGCUCUUGUCUCUCUUCUCUGUCUUCGCCAGCCUCGCAUUAACUGCUGUCUUAAAAAAUCAGGAAGAGAAACCGGGAUUUUGAGUUAGCACUCGUCCAAUUUCGAAUUCGUCGCGGCCGCUGAAUAGAAACACUGAAGACUCACUUAUACAAGGUUAACCUCGACCAAAGGUAAAUAUAUUUGCAAAUCCCAGUCCGAAGAAGACCUGAGUACAAUUGUGUCUGUUGGUUUAAACUCAAAUUCGGGCACCUUCUUGCCGGUAUUUUUGAAUAUUUUAAUUAAGGUCGAGGCUAACCCUGUAUAAAUAAGUCUUCUGCGCUUGUAUUCAGCGGCUACGACGAAUUCGAAACUGGACUAUUAAACUUGGGCAUAAGCCUUGAUUUUUCUCAGACUAUAUAAAUAUGUAAUGUAUUUUAUCUACCACACCCAAUCGGCUGGUGCCGAGAAAUGGGUUUGACCGUAUACUAAGUAAAUUAGACGCCCCCUUCCCCCCUCUCUACCUGAUUUUUUUACAGGGGAGGGGGAGGGGGCGUCUGCACACACGCUAAGUAAAUUGGUGUCGCCGAUGGGAUUUCAAAAUGUCUUCCCGGGAAUAGGGCGCCCGUCGUGGGGACGUAAAUGUCAACGAUUUCUGUUCUUUCAUCUUGUUUUAGUUGCAGUAAAGACCUACUGAAUUGUGUUGUGGAAAAAAAAAAUGAUCUGGUGAGCAAAUAAAAAGAAUCAUUUAGACUUACUCUUUGCAUUUCAUACAGAAUUGACAUGAGAACUAUUGUUUAUUUUGUAGGAUCUACUCAAAGAAUGCUUCGAGAAUAUCAAAGGAAUUUCUGAGGAUUCAGUUGUUGUUUGCUUACGUCACGUCCUGAGGUUUGUGGUUCCUCUUUUCUCAAACUUUAUUAAGUCUACUUCUGUCGCAGGCUACCGCUACUUUUGGGAUGUUCCUUGGAAAGCUAAAAAGCUAAUUAUAUUUCAUUGUUUCUGUGGGAGCGUAAGUACCGCAUACCGAAAAAUGUUUUACAGAUAAUGGUCUGUAAAUCACCCUUUUCUGCGAGAUGUUCAUUAAAACAACAACAACAACAUUUAUUUUUAAGGAAAUGCAUUUAUCCCUUUAUGGAUGCGAAAGUAUGGUUAAAAAAUUUUAAAAUAUCAUGCAGGAUUCUUGCAAGAUACCUACAGACCUGGUUCCUACUUAAACUGAAUCCAAAACUUGUUAACUUUCCUAGUCUGCACGUUGGCAGCAUAAAAUUUUAAUCCAUUUCCUAUUAGAAUAGAGUCCUCUUCGAAGGAAAACGACCUGGAUGGACUACAAACCGAAGAUGAUGUUCAUAAGAUGCCUUUGGGCAAGACAACUGCCAAGUAUUUGUAUCCUGAAAUUUGCAGCAUACAGUAAUUGAAAUAAAGUGAACCAGUUUUUUUAGAAGCUAAUGUCAUUUUUUAGCACUAUAUGUAUUGUCAAAAUACAAUUUGAAGUUGAAAUUAUAUUUUCUAUGUGGAGACUCUAAUUUGCUUGUUCAGGUCUCUACUCCUUAACUGUUUGCAAGAUCAUCGAUAUUAAGUUACCCUGUAAACAACGUUUUCCUUCUCCCAUGCUUAAAGCAGCUGUCCUUUGAAGACGCUGUUGUAAGUAUUUUAUCAAUGUUAGUUUGUAUCACCGACUUUUUUUAAAAUUCUUUUGCAUGUCAUAUCUUUUAUUUGGUGCCUUAAACAGAAGGAGUCAGGGUGUGGUUCACUCCGCUCAAAUGCGUCCAAAAACACCAAAAUCGGUAGUUCCGUUUUAUCACUUGCUAAGACCAGGCCUCAGUUGUUCAGAUGUUGGUAUAUUGUAUCGAUAUCCAUCGUGUAAAUUAUUAUCCCGCCGCAGCGGAUACGCCGCGUCAAGGAAACUAUUUGGGCUGUCCGGUGGAUAGAGAUUAAUCCAGUGGAUAGCGUUAUCCAGCUUUUGAACACCUGGGCCAGUACAACAAUGUUUUUCCAUCUGUGGCAGAGACCUAUAUAACACCACUGGAAAGAACAACACGGACUUUUAAAAUUUAAUGAAUAUCACUGUAAGAAUAUAGUAAUGAGCCAUAUGAAAGUCACUGCCCAUUAACUUUUAUUCGAAUGCUCAGCCUUAAGGUGACUCGACCCAGUUAUUUUGUGAGGGUACCAUCCUACUUUGAAGCUCUCUGGUAUCCCCCCUAUACUUUGAUCAUAAGUCUAACAUAUAGCAUGGAUAACACAUAGAUCAAUCUACAAUGACCGCGUUUGGCUGACUUCCGAAUGCUCACCGAGAUAUGAUAAUUUUGGUACGGUGAGACAGGCGAUCGCGUGAUACACAGAGGUUUAACUCACGAUUUUUAAUCAAUUCUCGUGCUUCUUGUGUCUUUGCAAAAAAAAUCAAGAAAUGCUUCACACUAAAUCUACUCGAAUAGCAUUCAACACCCCGGCCAUUUUCUUUUAAGAGUUUUUAAUUCUCGACAUGAUGUACACUCAGCUGGCCGGAGACGUUACGUGACAGGAAUCCCUUCUAUUUUCUCAUACUAAAUUAUCAUAUCUCGGUGAGCAUUCGGAAGUCAGCCAAGCGCGGUCAUUGCACGCGUGCUGAACAAGAAUGCUGUAUAAUGACAGACUAAAAACAAUAGAAAAGUCCCAAAGCACAAACUCAGCCAAAACGCUAAAAAUCUUCAAUGUUUACUCAAGUUUGGGCUUACAAAAGAUAAUGUCACAGUUUUUCAAUGACCAUGAAAUUCAAAAUCCGGGCAGUUAGUUAAUCAGUUGUGGCCCUGAAAAACUUUGAGGGAAAAAAACUACGAGUUUUUAAGAAAAUGCUUUUUCGUGAGAAGCACUCUUAAACGCUGACAAACGUCAACAAAUAGCUAACGCGUGCAUUUAUAAGGCACUAAAGCUUUUCGCUGACUUGCAAUGACCCAUCUGUUAUAAAGAUCCCCAAAAUAAAGGGAUAAAUGUCAUAGUUUAUCAGAUAUAAUCGUGUAAAGUUUGCUUAUCAUUUUCACAUAAAUUAUGACCUAAAUUUGGAAACCGCUGAAUUUCUCGCAUUGGGUCUUUGCGAUUUUGGUGAAACUCUGGUCAACGCAAGGCACUAAUGCGAAUUAUAUGUAGCCGAGAGAUUUUCACGAAAAAAUGCCGGCAACAGCAGAAUUUCCACUAAGACCCCAAAGAGGCGUGGCACUGUAACCACUACACAUUUACUCCGAUCGCCCAACAUUUUAUGCUAUAUUGUAGAUUGAUCUACAUGUUAUCAUGCUAUAUGUUAGACUUACGAUCAAAGUAAAGGUGGGGAUGCCAGAGAACUUCAAAGUAGGAUGGUAUCCUCACAAAAUAACUGGGUCGAGUCACCUUAAGCAUUUCAUUCUCAAACUCAAAGUAAUCCUAUUUGUUCCCGAAUAUAAACAGUGUCAGUCACAGGAAAGUACUGUACAGCCCCCGAAAUGAUCCCGACUGUCAUUUAAUUAGUUUCUUACACGGCGGCUUGAAGAUAUGAAUUUUAUUUUCUCGUGGCAAAAACAUAUUGUUUUGCCACUCGAAAAUAAAAUUCAUAUCUUCGCGCCACCGUGUAAUAUCCUCUAUCUAUUUACGCACGUAAAAAUAACGCUACAGUGGAAAUCCACCUUUAUACGUAGACACGUAGCCUAGGUCACGGUGGCGGCGCUUAAAGGAGGAAGAAAAAGCGGGGGUAAAAGCGCGCGAGUGAAAAAAGAAGAGAACUGAUUCCUUCCAUCCUCCCUUCCAUGUCUCCCUCUAACAGUUUUUGUUUGUUUGCUUGUUUUUAUAGUGUGAAACAGCAGAGGGAUUGGAGCUUACAAGAAUCUCAGUCGUCGAUGAAUCGUUCAAUGUAAUUUACGACACACUUGUUAAACCUACCAGGCCAAUAAUAGACUACAAAACGAAGUAAGUUAUCUCAAGCUCCUCGCGAUUAAUCCGGCUCGCUCAAAUUACAGUUGACCAGUAGCUGAAAAGGGGCUACUUUUGAAGCUGUAGUGGCUCUUCAGUAGAUAUGAAGAGCAAUGCAAGCCAAGACUUAGGUCUAAAUAUUGAGGGUUCAGCCUUGAAAACAUAUGUGUCUGCAUAUUUAGUGGCUUGUUUGACUUACUAAGGCGUGGUUGCCAACCAGGACCUGUUUUGUUGUUUGUCCUAAAGUGGGGCUGUAUUCAGUAGUUUAGUCGAAUACUUAUUUAUUUAGAAAGACCACUCCUUUUUACCAGAUUUUAAGUUAUGUGUCCGUAGAGAACGGCUGCCGAGGAAAUAAGGCAGCGUCUGCAACACAAAGCCAGACAGUUUUUUUUUCUUAAUCGUACUAGUGUUUUUUGUGACCUUGCCGGUAUGGAUGCACCUGCUAACAUGUGAGAAGUGAUCUGCAGUAAAAGUGCAAGUAAACUAUAAUGGAAAUAUUUCCGUAAAGUCCUGCGCCGGAAAAAAAUCUUCUAUAGAUAAUAGAGAGAUUUAGAGUGACAUUUCGACAAACGGCCAACGGCAGACUCAAGUUGAAAAUUUCUCAAGAUAGAAUAUGAGCAGAUAAAAACCGUCUAAAACAAUUCUUAUGGAUGAAAAAAACAUGAAACUACUUAUUUUUUUUUUGUAGAAGUAAGGAAAAGUUAAAGAGACAGUCACGUGGUACAAAUUCACGUUUGCCGUGUCAUACGCGACUCUAAAUCUCCCCAUUAACUAUAGAAAAUUUAGCCUGCGUGGCAGGCGCAAAAAGGGGAGGGGGAGGGGGGAGGGAGAAAGGGAAAAGGGAAGGGAGCGCCUGCUCUAAGAGCCUAUGUUUUUGCAUAACGCCUACCAAUUUUCUAGUAAUCCGAUUACGCUUAGUGUCAAUCAAGUGUCGCUACACUCGCCAUUGCAGAAAAACAUUACACUCACGGACCAAAGAAAUUCACUUAGUUAUUCAGAUCCAGAAGGCACUUUGGAGAAAAUUGGAAUCCUUAUUCAGCCGUAAUUAAAAAAGCUUUACGCUUCAAAAGAGGUCAAAGAAAUUGCGCUUGCAUCAGAGGGCAAAUCCUGCCGACCAGAAAACAAUAACUACAGUCAAUCGAUAUGUAUGUCAUGACCUCUCAGUGUGAAACAUGCGGCUAAAAUAACAUUUUCUCAGUAUAAAUGCAGAACCUUCCAGAGCAUAAUCUACCCAGCAGAUAAAGACAACUUUAUUGGAAUAAGCAGCAUUUUGGCAUAAGGUAAAACCACCCUCUUUUAUUGCUAAGUUACAUCGGCGAAUGUCAUCGUUCGAUAAAUUGGCUAAAUCUUUCGCUGGGUAGCCCAACAAUUCCAUCUCCUGCAACUGGUCUUCGAUAAUACUUUUCAGUGGCGAAAUGACGAGAAUCGCGGCAUUACCAUUUAGCUCGUAGUUCUUCGCGCGUACAAACAUUUGGUAAAUUAAUAGCCUGCGUGGCAGGCGUUUGAAAGGGAAGGGAAAGGGAGUUUUAGGUGCGAAAGAAGUGCGAGGGGCGCGCGAGGAGGGAGGGAGGGAAACGCCUGCCAGGAAACCAUUGUUUUCGCCAUCCCGCCUACUACUUAUGUAUGCAAAAAUAAUGCAACUGUGAAUGACUUGCUGUGAAAUAAGUCUGGCCGCGAUGCGCUUAUUUAAGUCGUAUUUCGCGUACUGUUUUUCUUUUGUUUUCCUAAAACAAGAAAUCUGAAGUAAAGGUACUAUUAAAAAAAGUAUAAAAUUAAUGCGGUCGUCCGUUGAAGGAAGAAAAGUCGCAACCAUGCGUGGCUUGUUAUAUAAAAUACAGCAUAAAUCUAUUACGUUUUUGCUGAAGGUAUCGAGUUGGACUUCCCAACUUGCAUGCAAUGUUUGUCGGAGAAAGUUUAAUUUCUCCGACAAACAAAGUGGUUGUAAUUAAAAUUACAACCACUUUGACUCUCGAACUGGAUCCAGCGGAGCAUACAAAAGAACACUGGUAAAAGCGCUGAACUUCAAAGAUCUACAAUAAGGCUGGCGGCUUUAUAACGUCUAUAACCAGCAAGAAGAAGUCCUCAAACUGAAAAUCGCUAACGAUUAUAGAUCGCUUCGUCCUCAACAAUCUGGUCGUUGGUAAAGCGUAGCCUGCGUGGUAGGCGUUUGAGGUCAAAGAGCAGAUAACAAGCACACAGGCAGCAUUUUUUCUUUCUUUCUUUCUUCUAGUGAGUAAAACAAGCCGUUGGGAGACAAGACUUCUCAAAACCAGUCAGCAAAACUCAUCUAGCUGACAGGUCUUUUCCUUCAUACGAGUCUUUUAACUGCUUUCUUCUAUUCUCCUUUCAAGCUGAAAUAGAUGCCUUCAGUUUCUAAUCGUUCUAAAACGAUGAAUUCCAUACAGAAAUCUCAUCACGCCUCACUAACAACAUAUUUUUAAAUGAUUACUGAAAGAUCGAUUAAGUUACUCAGUAGCGUGAUGUUGAUUUCAGCCAAUCGGAUUAAGGUAUUAAGGCUGUGAUUGACAUGUUUUGAAGACAGACCAAUCAGGAUUUUAACAUUCGCCUGGUGGAUGUUAAAAACGAGAAACACAAUGGUCUCCUGGCAGGCGUUUCCCUCCCUCCCUCCUCGCGCGCCCCUCGCGUUUCUCUCCCGCCCAAAACUCCCUUUCCCUUCCCUUUCAAACGCCUGCCACGCAGGCUAGUAAAUUAAACUCUUGCCGUAUCCGGUCCGCAAAACCGCCAGAACAUCUCUGUCGGCUAAAAGAGCCUUUACUGCUGAUUCUUGCUCUGGUUUUAAAACAGUUUCUUUACCACUAGAUAAAUUCACAUCUCUCAAAGCACUCUCUACGACGUGACAUCCACGUCUACCGCUGCCAUCUCGACUGUUUGUUGAUUUGUGAAACGCGCAUUUCAAUAUGUUACUCAUUACGGCUCAGCCAAUCAGGAAUUUGCGGACGCCAGCGUCGCAGAUAUGAACAAAAGGGGGUUCUUAGAGCAGGCGUCCCCUCCCCCUCUCCCCAAUCCCCCUCCCCUUUUUCCCUUCCUCCCUAUCCCCUACCCGCUACCCCUUUCGACGCCUGCUACGCAGGCUAUAGAAAAUUACGCAAAAAGAGCAACAGCACAAAAUCCAUCAGUCUUACGGGAAAUCCUCGAAGAUCUUCAAGUUAAGGGUAUAGAUACUUACUUGCGUCUCCCCCUUUUUUUGUGAAGGUUUAGUGGCAUAACAAAGAAGACACUUGAAAAUGUUACUACAACAUUGGAUGAUGUCCAAAAAUGUUUAAUCGAUAUUCUGCCGCAUGAUGCAAUUUUGAUCGGACAUUCCUUGGAAAAUGAUCUGCGAGCCUUGAAGGUGAGUUUGUUUCACAGGUUAGUGUCAACUGUUGUCUGGCGUUUUGAAAGAAAAUAAAAAACGUGACCAUUAUUCCACCAAGAAAGGUUUCUCUCUUUAUCCAUUCGUUUUGGAUUCCUAAAACGCAACUUAUGUAAGAUGCGUCUAAUUUCCCUAGUAACAAAAUACCCUUGAAACCUUCAAUCUUUAAGGUAUUUUUAUUUCAUCUGUCAAGAUAUUCUCUGAUUGUAUACAAAUCAUUGUAUUUCUCUAAUGUUUACCUUAUAUUUAUUUCUUUCUAGCUGCAUCACAGACGUGUGAUUGACACUUCAGUCUUAUAUGACAGUAGUAGUGGUCCUUUAUUUAAAUCUUCACUCAAAUGUCUCACUAAACAGUUUUUGAAGUAAGUGUUCAAUCGCGUGCGUACUUUCCACAUUUUCGCAAGGGCAUCUUAGUAAUUCCCAGUUUGUUUAGUGACAAUAUUCAUUUGUAAUCUUUGACCUGCACUUCUGUGUUUCUUGCGAUGUAAUGGAAACUUUUUUCUAUGUACAGUAAAAAGAUUCAAAGUGGAUCAGAUGGCCAUUGUUCAAUCGAAGAUGCUAAAGCUUGCAUGGAGUUGGUUCAACUGAAAAUUAAAAAUGGUAAAUUUGUUUACUUUAUUUUCACAAGAGAACAGAUUUCUGACUCCGCGCUGUGUGUUACAAGACUCAAAAAUCCAUCUUUUAGAGCAGGUGUAGUAUUAUACUACGCUAAUUCCCAAACGUUGAAGUUCUCAAUGGCCACCAGGAAGUGGAGUGGGUUUAGAUCGCGAAAAUUGAUCGUGGUCCCGGAGCACGAUCAUUAAAAAUGACCAUUUUUCAGACAGAGUGGCCAAAUUUAUAGUCGAGGGGUGCAAAGCAAUAAAACCGCUGCGAGCAUGGGCGAUCCCGAGGAAAUGCGCAAGAUGAUACAGAAUUCUUGCGACGAGCUAAUUAAUUAUGCAGUAAGAAUAGUGGCUCGAAUGUGAGUAGUAGAAAUGUAGAAGACUAAUGCUUUAGUUUAGUUUUUUCAUCAGUCGUCGAGUGGACAUACCAGAUUUGCUUGAGAGGCCUCGAGGGAAGUUACGCCUGACAAAGCGUUUCUUGUUUUCUUAAUUCUACUAUUUUUUCCUUGCCUUGUUAACGUUAUUCCUUGUUUGUUUGUUUUUAGGUCCAAACUUUGGAAAACCGUCAAUGAAUAAAGAAGGGUAUGCAAACUUAGUUCAAAAUAUUCACGUAAAGAUAAUUCCAUCAGUUAUUUGUUAA